UUCUUUUAAAUUUUAUUUCAUUCUUCAAUUAUCUAAUUACCCGUUUUUCUUUACUUGCUCUUAUUCUUUAUUAAUUCUUCUCUUUGCAUUUGUAUUCGUAUAGUUUAGAUGCAUUUUCGUAAUAAUAAAGCCAUGAUGGAAGCAAAUUAUUUGUGAAGCCUAAAAAGUAAAAUAAUUGAUUUUUUCAGGGGAUUCGGAUGUUCAAAUAAGGAUCACUGGAGCUCUACUCCUGCUCCCUUUUAUAUUUUCCUCUGCUUUUGUACAAAAGACGUGGAGACCAACAAGAUUGGACGUCUUGAAUUCUUUCAUUGCUAAAGUUUGCAGCGCAUCGGAUGUUGAAGAAUAUAUUGAGCGGCGACGUUAUGUGUUCUUUGUUUUGAACAUUUUACACCGUUUUGAACAUUUUCUAAUACUUCUAAUAUACUUAUUGGAUAUGACUGAAUCGAGGUGCGAGCAAUUUUCUUUCAAAAAAUCAAGAAAAGAAUUUUCCUUACAGUUUCCAGAAAACUUCUAUGUAGUUCAAUUCAAAGAUGGGCUAGCACUAGUCCCUAAUAACUGGUUGCAAGAAUCUGUUGAAAAGAAACACGUUUGCUUCUAUCCAAAUUACGAUGUGAAAAAGAGGUUGAAUAAGGCUAUACGGAAUAAAGAAAUGCCGGAUUUAAAAAAUGUAAAAGCUGGCUGGGCAAUGUAUGAUGUUCUACGCAUUUUUGCUUCAGCAGAUACUUUUGAACGAGGCCAUGAAAAGUUAAGGAUGGCCGAAAAUAUAUCCGACAUAAAUACUGAAGAUGAAGAAAGUAUUAAACAAACACGUCAUGACAGAGCUACUGCAAAAAAUUUUACGUCAUCUGAUGAUGAAUUUUCUGGUACAGAAGUGGAUUUACUGUCUCCUUUACCAGAUCCGAAGGAAUUUUCUGGAUCACAAUUGUUUCAUGCGGAAAAGUCUGCACAGAUUUUGGCGACCUUUGAAAAUCCAAUUGUUGCACCCGAAAAAAUUGAAAUGAGUCAAAUUGAAAAGAAAAAGCAGAAGAUUAUUCAUCAAGAAAAAACAGAAAUGAUCACAAAAUGA